AUGCGAAUGGUGCACCUUAAUGUCUAGCAAUUGUUGUAAUGUAAGAAAAUAAGCAUGGUGGUCUAUAACCGGACAGAAUCAAAUUGGCUGAUAGUACAAUAUCCUAAGAGAAAAUAAUUCCACUGGAUGAAGGAAAAUAAAAGUGGAAAAGUUUGAUUAUGAUAUCCCGCAUACAGAAUUUGUAGUCAUAUGAUUCGUCAUUAAAGGUUAAAAAUGCCCACUCAAGUCAAUACACAAGCUGCUACUCGACUCCUGAUAAAAGCGGGCUGAGAUGAAAACAAGAUGAGCAAGAGCGAGAUGGAGCAAAGAUUAACGCAAUGUGGUUGCAGUAGUGCGAGUGAGACAAGCGACAGGUGAAUGAGGGGUCACGAUUCACGAUGAGCGCCCGCCGUGCCGGCGCGCGGGGCAAUGCAUAGCCAACUCGAUCUCCCUUCCCUUUGCUUUCGCGUUCUUUUUUACUCAGUCGUUUUGUGAGCGAGUUGAGAGUAAGCUGCGUACGUGCGCCGCCGCGGUAUAAAAAUUAUAGUCCUCGUGUGACUUGUGAACUUGUUGUGUGACUCAUUAGUUCAACAUAGUGCUAUCACGAUGGGAUGUGGAACGAGUUUUGUGAAAUAUGUGCUGUUUUUCUUCAAUUUGGUGGUCGCGUUAUUAGGCCUCGCAGUGGUGGGCAUUGGAGUGGCGUUCCUUGUCAACUGGAGUACAGUGAAGGAUGAGCUUCAGGCACACUUGUCGGUGGCGCCGUGGGUGUUCAUCAUCAUCGGGGCCAUUAUGUUUAUCAUCGCGUUCUUCGGAUGCUGCGGAGCCAUCCGGGAAAGUCACUGCAUGGUUGUCACCUACGCCAUCUUCCUGUUGGUGAUAAUCAUCAUGCAAGUGAUCUUUGCCGUACUUCUGUUCGUGUAUGGUGAUAGCAUCAAGACUGGCUUGGAGAAGGGUGUUGAUGGACUGUGGAACAAACGCCAAAGUGACGCCGCCGCCAGCGAGGUCUUCAACAACAUCCAAGCUCAGAUGCAAUGCUGCGGUAACAACGGCCCCUCUGACUACUACAGCGCAGCGCUGGACAAGAGCUGCUGCAGCCACGACGCUUUCGGCGCGCAGGUGAUCGGCUGCACCGUCGCCAGUGCCAACCCCGGCUGCAGGCGCAUCAUUGGGGAAUUCUACGAGAAAUGGAACAAGCCCAUCUCCGGUAUCGCCAUCGGUGUCGCUUGCAUUGAGGUGGUCGGAGCCCUGUUUGCGCUGUGCCUGGCCAAUUCCAUAAGAAACAUGGACAGAAGAUAUGUAUAAGCUGUGGCAUUGCACCGACAAGACAGUACUCGAAUAAGACCAACAAUAUUUUGUCAUAAUUUUUGAUAGUUGACUAUAAUGCAUUCAUAUAGUUUACCCAUUACUCGCCCACCAAACGUUAAAUGUUUACCAAUUUACGAUUCGGAUUUAAAAAAAUAUAUACAUAGAUAUAUUUUAUGAUGUACCUUCUUACGAAAAAAAAACGAUAUUACAUUUAUAAUAUUAUUUUUAUAGUGUCAUA